GGUGCGAGGAGGGGACCCGAGGACAUGGGUCCUCUAGGAGUCCAAGCUUGCUAGGCCCGCCACCCUUCAUUGUAAACGAAUAGUCCAACUCCUUUUAUUGACUGACUUUCUGACUCUCCAUCAGCCUCCAAAAUGAUGCUGAGUCCGGAUCAAGCCGCCGACUCAGAUCACCCCAGCUCGACGCACUCGGACCCGGAGUCUCUGGGCGGCGCAGACACCAAGGUGUUGGGCAGCGUGUCCGACCUGGAGCCGGUGGAGGAGGCAGACGGGGACGGCAAGGGUGGCAGCCGGGCCUCGCUCUACCCGCACCCGCAGCAGCUGAGCCGUGAGGAGAAGCGCCGCCGCCGGCGUGCCACGGCCAAAUACCGCUCGGCCCACGCCACCCGCGAGCGCAUCCGCGUGGAGGCCUUCAACCUGGCCUUCGCCGAGCUCCGCAAACUGCUGCCCACGCUGCCCCCGGACAAGAAGCUCUCCAAGAUCGAGAUCCUGCGCUUGGCGAUCUGCUACAUCUCCUAUCUCAACCAUGUCCUGGACGUGUAGGGAGGGGGACGCCGCGGGAGGUCGCCGGUCCGAGUGUCUGCCAAAGGCGACACACCCGGACUGCCAGGUCGGAGCAUCACCCAGAGACACCUAAACGCGGGGGGAAAGCUUUCAGCCUGUUCUCUCGGGUCAGCAAGACAACAGGGAAAGGUUUUCCGAGCCUGGGAGGUGGGGUUGGGUAGAAAAACCUAGGACUUGCAAGAGUAUUUUCCUGGCCUGAAAGAACCUUCUGGAAGCACCUAGAAUGAGUUGUCCUGGGGCCUCCUUGAAGGCUUUGAGUUCCCCUAUAUUUAUAUCCGCCACAUCUUCCCGUUUUGAAAGAAUGAGGGCAGCUCAGCCCAGGCUCAUGGCUUCAGCCUAUGACUAUCUGGGAUUUUUCUAAUUGGCAAACCACUAAACCUUGGGGAGAAAAGAAAAUACAAAACUCUUUCCCAUGCAGAGAUUAAGACAGAGAAAGGUGAAUCAGCAAAUUUUUUGUUACUUUGACAAAUGAAAAAUUACAUUCAAAUUUAAAUAAAAAUCCUGACUAUUUGGUGAGAUA